AUGGCCGCAUAUGAGGAGCGUUCUGAUCGUCAUGGCUCCGGCUCAGCCACUCAAGAUGAGCAGAGCCUCCUCAUCUCACCAGCCCCUCGGGGCUCUAAAAGCACCCAGUCACAUUACAUCAUUUUCAAAUGCUUCUUUCUCAGCAUCUGCAUGGAGAUUAGCAAUGUUCUCAUCACGAUUCCACUCAAUCAAAUCUUGGAAAGCAUCAUCUGUCGACAACUAGUCUCCGACCACGCAAGCGGCAUAGAUCCCCGCUGCAAGAAUGAAAACGUCCAACGAGAGCUGUCGUUUAUUCGCGGCUGGCAGCUUACGUUUGAUCUUAUCCCUGGGCUCCUCACUGCAAUGAUGUACGGUCUGGCUGCGAAGAAAUAUGGGAGGCAGUUCAUUCUGGCACUGGCUGUACUGGGUGCCACCCUAGCCGCCACCUUUGUCCUAGUCGUCUGUUCUUUUCCGGCCGUCUUCUCGCCGCGUCUAGUCUGGCUAUCGUCUACCUUUACAUUCAUCGGAGGUGGUGUGCCCGUCUUCAAUGCCAUGAUCUUUGCUCUUCUAAGUGAUGCUGUUCACGAAAGCAAGAGAUCAACCACGUUCUUCUACGUCAACGCUACACCUAUCGGCAGCCAAGUCGUCGGUAGCUUGAUGGCGUCUGCGCUCAUACGAAUGAGCGUUUGGGUGUCUGCUUAUUGCGGCGCUCUACUGGCCAUGACUGCCACCUUGACUGCAUUCUUCUUCUCGGUAGAUGUUUCCAAAGGUAAACCAGACACGGCGAUUACUGGGGACGAGGAAGAGCCACAAACACUUGGUGGGCGGCUCCAACAAAUCUCAAACGCUGCCAUGUGGUUUACACGACAGAAUUUCUUGUCCAUCUCGCUUCUAUCUACCUUGCUAGUGUCUACUCUAGGUCGCUCCGCGCCCGACAUCCUUCUACAAUAUGUCACUAAACGAUACGGAUGGACAUGGGCGGACUCUUCGUUAUUGCUAUCCAUACACUGGCUCAUAACCCUUAUUCUUCUCACGGCUGUUCUCCCAGCCGUCACGCAGUUUCUCGUUCAAGCACGAGGCAUGCCUUCGCAGACAACAGAUCUACUUCUCGCACGCUUCAGCAUCGUUGCCUCCUCAAUUGGGGCCUUUGUCAUUGGAGCCUCGAGCAAGGUUCCCUUGAUGACUAUCGGUCUUGGCCUGUUCACCUUGAGCUACGCGUACCCAAUGCUGGCGCGAAGCCUGCUAGCAUCAGUGGUUGACAAGCGCCACACCGACGUCAUGUACACCACCAUUAGCAUAUUCGAGGCUUUGGGUUCAAUUAUUGCUGGUCCGCUUCUAUCUGCGUCGUUUCGCCAAGGUUUGGUUUGGGGGACAGAGUGGCUGGGUCUGCCAUUCUUGCUUGCUGGAGCGUUUUUUGGAUCUGCCGUCAUCGUUCUCAGCUGCGUACGACUCGUCAGUAAUUUCGAAACGAAUGUUUAG